CAUCUAUCACUCUUGUGACUUUUUCAGUGUUGAUGUCUCGUUCGUAAUUCGUUCUCGAGUGCGUUGUAUGACGAAUUUUCGUGAUUUCCGGCCGUGAAUUAUCGAAUUUGCGCUGAAUAAUCUUUUAGUCUAGCGCCGAUUCGUAUCGUUUUGCUUAAUUUCCCGUUUUUUGUCUCUCUCCGCCGUUCUUUAGCGCUCAAAUUCGCGUGUGAAAAUGGGCGACCAACCGCCCCAGAACGGAUGGUAUUCCGGUUUCCAUCCAAUGCUUCACCCAGGGAACCCGCGGUUUCAGAGCCAAUUUCCACCUCAAAUGACGCCGCCGCCCUCUUUUCCGCCAAUUAAGUCGACAGGUUUCAUGCCCUUCCGGAUAGCUGGUCCCGGCCCCCGAAGACCGUUUGAGCGACCGCCGCCUCCCGUGCAGAGCCAGGAACCGACCCCGCCGGGUGAUGACAGCCCGCCCCCGCUGCCCCCCGGCUCCCCACCCUCCCCUAGUUCCAUUCCCGUGCCGCCUCCACCCUCGAUUCCCCCGCCCCCGCUGCCUCCGAUGAACAUUCCUCCGCCGCCGUACGGUACCCCGUUGCGAUUCAACCUGGGAAAAAGACCAGGCCUCGGCUUUCCGCAGAAUAGUCCCAAUCAAAACCAAAAUAAUUACAAUCAGCAGCAGUCCCAGUUCCAGCAAAAUAUGCACCAGCAAGGUAUGCGAGGUAAAAACCGAAACAAAAAAGCCCGUCGACAGCAGCAGCAGCAGCAGCAACAGAUGCAGUUUCAAAUGGGCAACAAGCUGAACAACCCUUACGUGCCGCGGCACACGUUCGUGCCGCCCCCGCUGCCCCCGAACACGCCAAACACCCCACCUCCACCCCCUCCUGAAAGCAUCCCGACCCCUCCUCCUCCGCCACCGCCUUCUACUCCCCCUGUUUCAGAGAGAAAGCCCGAGGAACCGUCGCCCUCGCCCAUCGCCACUGUCCAGGAAUGGCCCAUACCUCUUCAGAAUUACGUCAUGCGUUGCUACUCAAUGUGCGACUCGAAAGAGGACCGGGACAAAGUUGACAUCUACUUGAAACAAAUGCUAACGGAAAAAGCAAAGCUCGGUGCCGGCGCGCUGUCCAUGCACAACUGGAGCGCCGAGAAGCUGCCGCUGCACCUCGUUCAGGCGCAGCAGCAGCGGCGACGGCGGCGCCGCUCCUCGUCGUCGGGCAGUUCUCGGCGGCGCCGCUCGAGCAGCUCCUCCUCCUCGCGCUCGUCGUCGCCGAGCCCGGUGCGCGGCGGCUCGGCCAAGAAGGCCAGGGGAGGCGCCGGCGGCGCCAGGGGGAGGGGCAGGGCCGGCGGCGUCGCCGGACGCCUCGGCCAGCGGCGCCGCGGCGGUGCCACCGGAAAACCGUUCACCAAUCCGCCUCCGGAGGCGAACGCCGCGCAGCUCCAACGACGCGCCGCCCGCUUCCAGCAGCACCUCAGGGGGGAAACGCAAAAGCCGACGCCCAUUCAGUUUAACGAAGAAAGCGCGGACUGGAGCACGAUGCACAUCGUGGGCACGUGCCAGAACGUGGAGAAGCCGUACCUGCGGCUGACAAAGGCGCCGGAGGCGUCGGCGGUGCGUCCGGUGGAGGUGCUGCGGCGCUCGCUCGAGUGGGUGAAGCGGCAGUGGAUCUUGAAGCACGACUACCACUACGCGUGCGAGCAGUUCAAGUCGAUCCGGCAGGACCUGACCGUGCAGGGCGAGCGCGGACCCUUCACCGCGCUCGUCUACGAGACGCACGCCAGGGUGGCCCUCGAGAGCAAAGACCCCGAGGAGUUCAACCAGUGCCAGACGCAGCUGCGCAUGCUGUACAAGGAGUGCGGCGGCAGAAACCAGAACGAGUUCACUGCCUACAGACUCCUCUACUAUGUUUUCACCAAAAAUACACUAGAUUUGACCACGACACUGGCGGAGAUCACGGCUGAAGAGAAAAAAUCUGAUGCCAUGAUACACGCCAUCCAAGUGUACAGAGCGUGGCUCGAUUCAGACUAUAACAAAAUGUUCAAGUUGUACCGCGCCGCGCCGCUCAUGUCCGGCUACCUAAUGGACUGGUUUGCAGAGCGCGAGCGCAAGGUGGCAGUCAAAAUUCUGAUUAAAGCGUAUCGGCAGCAUUUGCCCGUGUCAUUUGUCGUAACUCAGCUGGCUUUUGAGAAUAAUGAAGAUUGGUUUACUUUUUCGCAGUCAAUGCCGCUCGUUUACACCAGCGACGAUCGCACGCUCAUCGAUUGCAAGGCCAGCAUGCCCGCCGUCGCCGCCCUGUGAAUUCUGUGAUUUUUUUCUCUGCCUUCGUCGGCCCCGUUUUUUGUUCUCCUUCCUAUUAAUAAUAAACUCUCAUUUUCAGGUUUACUCGUUAUAGAA